AUGCCAACGCAAAGAGAAUGUACGCUGGACGUAAUUCUGGCAAAAAUCCUCGUACUGCAGGAGCAACAACGCUCUGCUCAUGAGAAUCUGGGCGCCUUCCAGGAGGAACUAGCACGACAAAGUGAAGUUCUUCGAGUUCGUAAUCACAAUACUGUGACAGUGGAAGUUAUCGUGGGCAAACAUGAAAAUAAAACGCAGGAGCACCUCGAUGUCGAGUUGGCUGUGCACGACAUGUCGGAGGAUGCCAAUGGAAGCAUAAAGGUCGAGGAAGAGCAAAAACCGAAGUCCGAAUCAAAUCCGUCUCCCGUGAGCCACACAUCAGCUAUGAUGCGAGACAACGUCGAGAUCGAGGAUGAAUUUAAUAAAGGUAACGGCGACAGCCAAGACCUGACCAAUGACUUCAAGGGAUACAAUGUGUGGAUCGUUGCACCAGUGGACGCGUACGUGGAGAUCGGUGCGAGAGGGAGCGCACCGGCAGUCGUGUCACUGUAUGAUUGGUGCGGAACGGAAGAUUCGUCCGGUAGUACUAGGCCGCUGUGCAAGUCUUUGUUGACGUCAAUAAAGAAAACAUUUUGCUCGAGCCCCAGCUCGAACGAGUAUCAAUAUCAUAAUGUUAACUUCACCAACAGAUUUGUUUCUUACUGCCUUGAUCUU